CGAGCGCAAGGAAAACAUCUAGAAGCACGAGCUCCUGGCUCCACCACUCGAAGCAUCGUGCGGCGCAGCGAGCGAGGAGGAGGAUGACGGCGGGGGCGGCCAAGGGCGGAGGGGGCGCGGCGGCCGCGGCGCGGGCGGCGGCGGGGCCCAGGACAGUGCUCAUCACGGGGGUCAGCCGCGGACUUGGCCGCGCGCUGGCGCUCGAACUCGCGCGGCGAGGGCAUGCCGUCGUCGGGUGCGGCCGCUCCGCCGAGCUUGUCCGCUCGCUCGAGGCCGAGAUCACGUCCCCGUCGCGCCACUUCCUCACCGUCGCUGACGUCAGGUCUGACAGCAGUAUGGCUGAGUUGGCAAAGGCUGCAGUGGAAAAGAAGCAAGUUCCAGAUAUAAUAGUAAACAAUGCUGGUACGAUAAACAAGAAUAACAAGACAUGGAAUGUUCCAGCAGAAGAAUUUGAUAUGGUUGUCGAUACAAAUAUUAAGGGAACAGCCAAUGCACUUCGUCAUUUUGUACCACUUAUGAUAGAGAAGAAACAUGGGAUUAUAGUCAAUUUGUCUUCUGGUUGGGGAAGGUCUGCUGCUGCAGAGGUUGCUCCUUAUUGUGCUUCGAAGUGGGCUAUUGAGGGUUUGACACGCUCCUUAGCAAAGGAGCUGCCUCCUGGAUUGGCAGCCAUUGCUCUUAGUCCUGGUGUUGUCAAUACUGACAUGCUUCAUUCAUGCUUUGGGAGCUCAGCAGCAUUAUACCAAACAACUGAUACAUGGGCACCCAAGGCAGCUACAAUGAUACUGACCCUUUCACUAGACGAUAACGGUGCCUCACUAACUGUAUGAUGCUGUAACAAAUUUGUACUGUAGUAAUCGAAGACAGAUUCUCUUGUAGCUUGACUUCUAGAUUUUGUAAGAUUAUGGUGUCCUAAAGUAGAGGUGAUAAUGUUUGUCUGCCCUCUGAUUUCCCUCACUGUUGUCUGAACAUUAGCCACAUAUUGUUGCACUCACACUCCAGUAUUGCCUAAGAAUAUCUCGUAUUAUUGUUGUGAA